GGCCGCCGCCUAGGACAAAGGUUCCGCCGGGCCGGAAGUGGGGGAAGACCGCGAAUGGAAGAGAGGCAGGCCGCUGAACGGAAGUCGUGCGGCUGAGGGAAAGCGAAGCGGCUUCGAGUGACGGAGCGAGGAGGAUGAACAACAAAUUCGACGCGACAUAUAGUCCCCCUUGUCAUUCUCAAAGUCCUGUUAGUCUGAAGGAUGACGACAGUGGUGAUCAUGACCAGAAUGAAGAGAACAGCACACAGAAAGAUGGUGAGAAGGAAAAAAACGAUAAAGACAAAAGCCAGAACAGCACCAAGAGGAAGGCUGCAGUUCCAGGACCAGCUGAGCACCCUCUGCAGUAUAACUACACCUUCUGGUACUCCCGACGGACACCGGGGAGACCCACCAGCUCCCAGAGUUAUGAACAGAACAUCAAGCAAAUUGGCACUUUUGCCUCUGUGGAACAGUUCUGGCGGUUUUACAGCCAUAUGGUCCGUCCUGGGGACCUGACAGGCCACAGCGACUUCCAUCUUUUCAAAGAAGGAAUUAAGCCCAUGUGGGAGGACGAUGCCAACAAGAAUGGGGGCAAGUGGAUUAUCCGCCUGCGAAAGGGCCUCGCGUCUCGGUGCUGGGAGAACCUCAUUCUGGCGAUGCUGGGAGAACAAUUUAUGGUGGGGGAAGAAAUCUGCGGGGCCGUCGUCUCCGUCCGUUUCCAGGAGGACAUCAUCUCCAUAUGGAACAAGACGGCCAGCGAUCAGGCCACCACGGCCCGGAUCCGGGACACCUUACGGCGGGUGCUCAACCUUCCCCCCAACACCAUCAUGGAGUACAAAACGCACACGGACAGCAUCAAGUACGUGCUACGGGGAGCGGAGGGCUGGGCGGUUGCAGGCAUGCGCUUGGUUCCCUGUCCUUACGGGCCGAAGGGCUGCUUGAACCCGAAGACAUCGCGUGUGCAUGUUCUGUCGGGAGGGGACCAGGGCUGUGAACCCCUCAGCUCAGCAAUUUGCAAGCUCUCCAUCCUGAAGAAGCAAAACAAAAACAACCCCCUCCACCCUCCCCAGAAUUGUUACUGCUCCCCUCAGAAUAGUUGCUUUGCUCCACAAAUCCUAGGACAGCUUUUUAAAAAAAUUCUUUCUGACUGACAGGCAGGAAUCAGG